GGCGUAGACGCCGGCCAGACUCGGUCCCGUGACGUAGAACGCGACGGUUGGUCGAGGUUCCGGCUCUUCGGCGCUUGCAGUAGCUGUCCUCCUCUGUCACUCCCUUUCUCUUACCCACUCCGCAAUAGUCAGCCAGCUCUACUACAACGCUCAGCGAACAUACGGAACAAUCGACGCGACAUGAGCGGCACAGAACCAGCACAAACUCACACAGAGGGCGAAGACAACCAGGCGGAGCGACCGUACGCCAUCCUGCGCAUCAAGCGCAAGCGGAAUGAAGAGCCGCUAGAUGGAUUGUUGGUCGACCGAGAGGUCGCUCGCCCCAAGGGCAAGCGUUCCCGCGCCGGCCUCAACUUCUUCAAGUUCGCCGAGACGGUCGAGCAGGGCGCGUGGGACGACGAGCAGACCAAGAAGGAUCUUGAGGCCCGGCUAGCUGCCCUCGCACGCGAAUCGAGGCAAGAAGGCGAGCGCGAACCAAGACAACUGGCGGGCUUGCCCUCGUCCAAGUCUGCCCCGGCAGAUAUGGGCCAGUCUGCUCCGCCCGCCACUACUACACAACCGGCAGCAACAGAAGUGGAAGCGGAAGCGGAAGCAGCAGCGCCACCUCCGACGAAACGUCCGAGGGCGGACGAGACUCCCCGCAAGUACACUAUCCUCAAGCGCGAGGUGCCGUCGACGGACCCGCAAGUCCGGAGACGUAUGCCCGUAGCUCCCCCGAAAGUAUGGUCCAUGAAGGAGCUGGAGGCGGCCCGCGCAGCACAGGCCGGGCUCGCCGUGUAUGAGGCCGUCCCGUCUACGUCGGGCAUCGAAGCCUCCGACUCGGUGGAUGCGGAGGUAGCCAAGUUCCUGCCCCUCCUUCAAGACUACCUCAAGCUGGAAGAUCCGGUUGCCUCCCCGUCCGUAACGCCCACUCCUCUGCCAGUGAAGGAGGAUGAUAGCGACUAUGUGUAUGAUAUUUUCUAUCAACGUCUCAUGCGCGACCCGAGCGCGUCGCUCGGGAACGUCGGUACACUGACUGGUGUGCCCGACGAGCUGAUUGUGUACGAUUCGGACGACGACAACGAUUCGGAAGUGUACGAUACCGCCGAUGAGGAUUCGAACGCGGAGGACUGGUACCAGAACGACUAUCCCGAUGAGGAGUCCGACAGGAGCGAUGGAAGUGAAGGCAGUGACAUCUUCCACGACGGUUCGGACCGCGAGGACAUGAUAUACGAUGAUGACAGUGACGGACACGAAUGGCGAUGAACGUGACGCCACGGACGGCGCGCUGCGACUGUAUCAUAUGAACCCGAUCUCGGAUGUGGAACCUGUAUCAUCAACGAACCUGUAUAAUAACCUCUAGUCUAGGCAGGAGUAAUGUGAAGCAAGUGUCUUUACAAUUGUGCUACCGAUUUUGAGGCCACUGAUGUUUGCUGCAAUCAGGGGUUUGAGGGGUUGCGAAGCAUUCUCGACUGGGCACAUACAGACAGAUACAGCGAGUAAGUUCACCGUUUAUGCUUCACCCCCGACUACACUUUCAUGUGCACAAGAAGUCACACCUGCAAUUGACUCGGUUGACUCAAA